AUGUCUGGCUUGAUGGACAAGGCGAAGGAGGCCAUGGGCAAGGGUGGCAGCGGUACUGGCGGCAGUGGCACUGGUCAGGCCAGCGGCACGGAGAAGGGCGCUGACGUCUUCGCCAACCAAGGCAUCGACAAGGCCACUGAUGCCGCCGGCAUGGGCGACAAGUACGACUCCAAGAUCGACAAGGUCGCGGAUGGUCAGCUCAACAAGCAGAUCCCCGGUGGACAGUAG